UUUAUUUCAUGUCGCGUACAGUAGUUUUACAAAAUCCCAUGGAGAGUAUACAUGUACAUUGAUAGUGACACCACUGUCUAUGGGAAUAUCCCGCGUUGUUUGUGUAAACGGCAAACAGGAAGUAAAUGUGACACACCGUGUAACGGCGAGACCAGCCAUGUGAGAAUGGAAUUUAAAUCAAGAAGCACAGGAAUACAUGUGCAAUACUACAAGGAAGUUUAUUUCACCAUAAAAUUGUCUAAGUACAAAUAUGCUUGUUGCUUUGAUUAGACCAUGCAAUGCGAGGUCAAAGACAAUCACAAAUAAACGUUUUACCACGAGGAACAUCCUCUUCCUGAUUGCCAUAUGCUUGUCACUCUCAGAGGUUCGUACUAUUCCAACUGAUUACACCUGGUAUGGAGCACAGAAAACAUGCCAAGAGAAAAACGAUAGUUUGACAAUUCAGGAAAGAAAAUCUGACGAGUACUACUGGACGGGAUAUCAUGAAAGGAUUUCAAAAUGGAUCAAAUUGAUAGGUUGCUACUCUGACCAGGAUAUACCUAACAAGAACACCAAACACUUCAAUAUGUUCAAUUCAUCAGCCGGAUUAUGUCAGGAGUAUUGCACAUCGGACGGAUAUGCGUAUUUUGCAGUAAAGUCUCGACGUUGUCAUUGCUUAAUGGUUCUUCCAACUACUCAUUCCACGAAACCGUUAUGCAGCUUUGGUUGUGACAACAAAUUUGAUGAUAAAUUAUCGACUGAGUGUGGAGGAGAUACGGCUUUUAAUGUUUUUGCAACAAGUGAAGAGGAAUUCCAUGAUCAAUUACAAUAUAAUUGUCUCAACCUGGAGUGUGGCAAUAGCAGUAAAAUCUUAAAAACAGAAAAUUGCAGUGAUGCUUUACAUGCUAUUUGUGGGGAAAACCUUGCUAUAAGAGAUAACUAUAGUGGAUGGAGGAGCCAAUUGGAAAACUGCAAAUCUAGGAAUAAUGCCUAUCUUUAUGGAAACGUUGAUAUAAGAGGUGCUCCAGCAGCUUGUCGGAACAUAGCUAUGUCAUUUGAAAGUCCUAAUUGGAUAGGAGUCCUGCGAGAGCAAUAUCAAUCGGAAGACAGAAGCAAAUCAGGACCAGGCAAUAUAUCCAAAAACCGAGCCUUACUGUGUCAAAAAUGCAAUAGAGAUGGAUGUAUAUUCACAAAUUGUUACGAAAAAUUACACAAUACAGUAUUUUGUAAAACGUUGACAGUAACUAUUUCACCUCAAGGCUUGGCUGAAAACGAUGAAUCACUUGGAAGUAUCAUAGCACCAAUAAUCACAAUUACUAUUGUUGGAAUCAUAGGAGGUGUAUUGUUGUUUAUCUAUAUAAGAAGGAAACGACACCAUACAAAUAAUGAAACCAGGGAUAAAUAUCCCAAUACCUCUAAUAAUGCUGGAAACAAAGUGUGCAAAAAUGUAGAAACAAAACGAACUGAAAACAAAAAUGCAGAAUAUACUGAAAGUCACGAUCUUUCAGAAAGGGAUGGUUAUUUUGAUCUUGCAUCAUCAUAUCCAAAUCAUGGAGUAGCAGACGAGAAUAAUGGGGAAUGCAGCAGCCCCUAUAAUGACGCAGAGGAAGGAGAUUACGAUCAUCUCCGAGAGACAAAAUCGAGACAGAAAGAAACAGAUGACACAUAUCACCACGCCCUGCAUGUGCACGUCGGAGAUUCAUCCGAUUAUGACGUAACCAGACGGAAGUAUGACCAGGAAACAGAAAACAUGUAUGAUAAAACCGGAGGGAACAAUUUAGAUUCAGAAUAUGGAUACAACAAAAUGUUACCUAAUAAUGAAGAGAGUCCUUACGAUAAAACCUUCACAGCAUCGCAGAUUUAAGACAUUUUUGUACUUAAUCAUCUCGUUAUACACGGAUAUCAACGUUACCCGAGCACAUCUCUUUUCGUGUAAUGUUUAUUGAUGUGUCACGUUUACCAAGCUGUGAUGCAUGCACAUAAAAUUAUAUUUGUAAAUGACCAGGCAUAGCAACUCUUUAAUGUUUCUACCAAUUCUGCAGAGGCCUCGACAAAGUUUCAGCAAUCGUUUUCUCUUAUUUGUUCGAUUACGGAAGUUGUAUGAGUGGCUGUAUCAUGCGAUACUCAUAAUCAAAUGUAUUUGCUUUGCGAUUAACUAAAGUUGUUCAUCAAUGAAUUUUAUAACAUUCUUGGAAUCAAAGUAUGUUCCUCUUCUAUACGAAACUUUAUUAGGGAGAUUAAAUCCGUAGAAGUAUGUUAUUACUGAAACUUUGUGGAAGUGUUUGUGGACAUUUUAAGACUAUUGGGGUUAUAUAUACUAAGUUCAAUGUACCGUUCAAUGCGUUACAUUUAUUGAUAUAAUUUUAUGUACACUUAUCAUCGCAUGUUGAAUUUGCUCAUUUUCCGUAAUAGAUAGUGUGUGAGAAUGGCUUUACUCAAUUGUGAGGAAUUUAAGCAAUAAAACUACAAAGGUCAAAA